UGGUCCCAGACCAACCAAAAAAAAAAAAAAAAGGUUUGAAUCACAUCUCAAGGAAUAAAGAAUUUGGAACUACAUGCAUAUUAGUGGGAGUCUCGCGGCUCUCGCCAUCCCUUUGUCCCUAACAUCAAUGCCACUACUACUGCAACUAACUACAAGCACCGCUUCUUUUUAUUUUGUGCCCACAAAAUUUGAAUUUUAGUUGGGGAACCACCAAACUUGCGCAUUCCCACAAAGUUUAAAUGAUAUAUAGUACAUGAAAAUUCUUAAGUACAGAUCCCAUGUGUCUGUGCUGGUCUCAAAAGGACCAGUUAUGAUUUAAGUUACAAAUGUCAGCAGCUGAAGUUCAAUGAAAUAUUAUAUCAAGUUCAUGAGCAUUUAAAAAAAAAAUUAGAGUGCUCUUUCGAACGAGAAUUUGAUGAGUAUUUUAAAAAGUAAUUCAUAGAUGAUCCUAAAUUGGUGGAUCUGAAUAAUUUGAAGACUUCUAAAACGAAAUCUGUUUGCUGAUAGUGCUAAUCUAGUUCAAACAUCAGUACAGACUCAGAUCUAGCCUUGAUAAUUUGACAUCUCUCAGACUGAAGCACCACAUAACGGGCAGGUCCUCCACUAUUAAAAAAAAACUUCUAAGCACACUAAUUAAAAAAAAAAACCUAUAAACCACAUUUGAUUAGAACUUCUAAGCACACUAGUUGUAGGCCAGGUUCCUUUUGGAAGAAAGGAGACCUACCAGCAAAAGUAAAAAGCAAGAAGAAUCAAACAUGAAAGAAUGACAAUCAAAUAUUUUGCAGACGAUAAGUAACAGAAAAACAACUCCAAUUCAUUAAAUUACUCAGUUUUUUUCUAGAAAGGGGGGGAAAUAAAAAGGGAGCCAUGCAUCAAAAAGGGUAGAAAACAACAUGAUGAUUAUUGAUUAGAAUAGCAAAGAGUGGUCAAAGUUCUUAGCCAAUAUAUAAGAGAAGAGGGAUUUCUGGGCCUGGCCAUUGCAGAGGCAAAGGGCAGCCCUUCCACUCCCAAAUUUAAGACACAAUAAAUACACUCCUUACCCUCCCCCUUCUGCACCAAAUAUUAAAUACGUCGGGAAGCAUAGGAUCCAUGACCUUGACAAUGGGGCAUUCACUGAAAACACUACUGUAAUGUUUUCCAGCUCGUUACUGCAUAAGGACGGGACCCAGUGUAAAUAGGCACCGCAGUUCCCAGUGCCCUCCAUUCAAACCAACUCACUCCUCCCUCCCAUAUCCAGAGUAUUCAAUACUAAGGAACAGGCAGAAAACCCACCGGAAUAAAAGCAGCACGAGACAGAAAAGACCCACAACCAUCACCCACAACAAUCAACAUUAACACCUGGUGGUGGUCAGUGAUCAGGUUUUGCAGACAUCCCAAAUUCUUUAGACCUUCAAAUCAGGUGUUCUCUAUGAACCCACUACAACUGCAAUUGCAUAACCACUACUCAUUUUAUCAAAAAUAAUGGCCAAAAUCCGGUUCAAGACACGUAUUAUACAGCAUUUAUUAUAGAGGCUAAGCUAAUCCUGCCCCUUUUAGGGACAUUGUCAGACCAACCUAAACCAUGUUACUUUAGCAGCAAACCUCACAAAAUAAGCUAAACAUUACGUUUUCUAGGUAUGCAUGUGUUAGGUAUGGCAUUUUGCUGCUGACUAUAGCCCAAAAGCAAACAAAAUGCUGAGCUCCUGGGACUCCUAUCUUUGGAAGGAUCACGAGAGCGAAUCCGCAUCAAACACGGCAGACAGAUUUGGAAUAGCAAUAUCAAUCUACUAACAACCCAAAUUUCUAAAAGCGAAGAAGAAUUCAAUAGCAGAGUACCGAUAGAUUAGAGGGUGGAGUACUUACUACUGUCAUGUUCAUCGAAGUCGAUACUGAUCCGUCUGUCCCGAGUGCAGCAAGCCAAUCUGCUCCUCAUCAACAUCCCUCUUCCCUGCUCAAAAUCAACCAAGAUAUUAUUAUGGUCCAACCCAGCCGUGUGUAAUUUAACAGGCAAUCAGGGCUUGGGGUAGAGAUGACGAUGAGUAGUGAAGAAAUGGAAGCUUCUGCUCUCUCUUUCUAUAUAAUAAUUGUUUGGAUUUGGGAUUAUCAUUGGUUUAAGAAAAAGUUAAGAGAGAGGGAGAGAGGGGAGAGAGGGACAAGAAAACCGGGUAAUGGGGUUUGGGGAGAGUGGAAAACCCAAUCCGUCUACGCAUUAAAUUAGUGGGUGGAGGUUUUGGGAUUCUUCCUCCUCCUUCCUCCAUUUACCAAUUCCGACUGGCUGUGUGUGGACGAACGGUGAUCUUUCCACCGUUAAACGGAGCGCAAAAGUCUACGCUCCGACCACCCACACGAAUGUCCACGAAAAGAAAAAGCCCACACAAUCAGCCAAAAGUUCAGUAAAAGCUGGAAGAGAAGGAAGGAAUUGUUUAAUUGAUUAAUCAGUUCAAAAAAAAGGAACACAAAACGAGAAGAAUCGCAUAGCAACAGUAAAGUUUUCCGAUCGGAAUCGAGGCAAGGAAUUGCCGGCGACGGUCGAUCGCACAAUUAGGCUUUUGUACACCAGCUCAACCACAACGGAAAGACGAAACUGAGAAAUCAUAAGCGAGAGAAAAAGAGAAUGACCGAUACCUGCGAGCGCGGGAACUGCGGGAGCUGGCCGGCGAAGUGAGCAGAUCAGCCGUUAGUAGAAGUAGCAAGUGCACAGGAAUUCAGAGAAGAAGAAGCCGGAGGAAGCAGAUUCCGACCCCCGUGGGCUCGCGGUUGCGGGAAAGGCUAAUGGACGAGUAAGCGCGAGAGAGAGAGGUUUCACAGAGUGCGGGUGAAUGUUGUAGAAAUCCCAAAUCCCGUGGGAAACGGAGAAGGUUUUGUGGAAGAAGCGGGAACUCCAAUGGAGAAAGAAGGAAGGGGGAGUUGCUAAAGAACAAAGAAGAGGAUUUAGGGAGGCGACGCUGCCAUUUUUUGUUUUAUAAUUGACUGGAAGAAGAGAAGAGAAAAUGCACAACUCUCCCUGAUCACUCUGUCAGACUGAUUUGACUGACUGAGCCACACUAAGUUUUUUUUUUUUUUUUUUUUUUUUUUUUUUUUUUUUUACGGUGACUGAGCCAACAAGUUUUGUUUGCCUUUCUUCUUGAAAUUUUCCCUUCCUCGACGUAAUUAGUUCGGCAAGAAAUCGAAUCUGGUCAUGGUUAUGUAUCAAUUUAGUUAGGCCCUCUCACUUUGCAUCGACUAACAAAAAGGUCUCCGAACUUUCGAUUUUGACUGACUCGUCCUCCUAUUAUUAGAUAUUGAACUAAAACAGAAAAGUUUGGUUACAAGGCACGAGUUAGUAAAAUGCGAGGGCGAGAGAUAUUGAAAGUAACCUUCCUGAUUCGAGAGGACAAAGUUAGCAGACAUAAUACCGUAAUUCAAGAAUAUUUACCAUUAUAUGUGGAUGAAUGGUCGAUAAUUCAAACGGAGCAGUGAUUUAAGAAGUCGUCUGCAACUUGUCACCAACACUGUUAAACAAAUUUGCAUCGCUUCUAUCUAAGAGAUUUCAUAUAUAAUAUAAUGUGUCAACUGGUAAUUAUAGCUGAUAGGGUAUCCUAGUAACUAAGGAAGUAAAACCCUAGCUAAUGACAUAAGGAAGAAAAGAAGACAGAAGAGCAUAAAGACAGGGCCAAGAGACAAGGCCAGACACUUGACAUCAGCAAAGACAAGGUGCAGGGGGACACCCUCUGCCAAAAAGUACAAUGUACAAUGUCAGAAGGUCUGAGGCGCCCAACCACAGCAUUUAUGGCUUGGCAGGCGCCCAGACCACUACCUAACCCUCAGAUGUGUAUAAAUAGGAGUUCUCUCCUCAUAAAUGACAAUCCAUCUACUAUUUACUCUAAUUUCUCUCUACUUUCUCUCUCUAUAUACUUCUUCUCUUUUCUCACUCCUACUGAGGUGGGGCGCUUACUCCCUCAUGGUCAUGUCUGACGCCCCAAACCCCUUGGAUCCGAGCGACUCCCAGUCGCCCGGGCUCAAACAAUAGCUAUUGUCGUAUCAAUGAAUCUUACCUAUAAGGUUCAUCUAUCAAACGUCGAUUGAAACCAAAAUUUUAAGUACCGAUGAUGUAACAUUUACGUGCCAAUUCAAUUAAAUUUUUUUUUUUAAAAAAUAAUUCAAGGAUCAAUUCAAAGUGAGAUUCUUGCCGAAAGGUAAAUGGAAAGGUAAUUAAUUAAUUUUUGUUUUGGCAUAAUUUAGGGUCAAAGAUAAGGUAAAUUACAGUUGUUAUCAAAUAGAAGGGGAGGCAGGCAGGCCGGGGCCCGUGGAGUGGCGCCCUGAUUUGACUGCCCCAUUUGCUACAAGCCUACAACUAAACCAACUGCCCAACCAAUCAAUAAAAACAGCAAAAGUUGGGCUUUUCAGGGAGCGCCGGAGCGCCACCGGCAAAGCGCCCCAUCUUUACAGUUUACACGCUCCCUAAUUUCAAAACUUUUAACAACAAAAUCUUAUUACUGUUUGGCCAGCAUAACACAAUUUUAUGAAACGGUUAAUUAGGGUGUGGAACGGUCACUGCAUCAAACUGAUACUUGGACCGGAUUAUAACGAAUCGAAUAUAAUAUGGUCCGGUCUUUAAUCGAGAGGAGUUAGACGGUUAGAGUGGUAACUCUAUAUAGGUUAGCACCAUAAUAACCAUUCUCAUCACCGUUCAUUAUAUUUAAGUUAAAUCUAACGGUAAAUAGUAACAAAGAGCAUGUUUGGUAUUUAAUAAAAUUAAGUUUAAUAACAAAAUAUUUAUAAUAUCUAUCUCGCAGAGAAUUCCAAUGCUGAUAAAAAAAAUAUGUUGUAGUGUUUUUCUUUUCAUGUCAGUAUUGAUUUUAGUCUAAAUGAUAAAUUAGUAGUGAUUUAACACUUUUUUUUCUAGUAAUUCUAAUAAUGAUUUUGAUUGUGUGUUUUAAUCUCUGUUUUCAGAACCGGACCGGAGGCUGAACUGAAAAAGUUAGUGGUUCAGGUUCAGUGAUUAAUCGUUGAUAUAACCGUUCAUGAAAUAUAACAUACAAGACUUGUAUAUUACACUAAUCCAAUAAUGAAGUUAUCAUUGACCAUAAACAAUUUCAACUUCAUAUCAUCACCAAAAUAUCUAAUAAAUCAUUCAAAUCGUCUCACAAUAGAAAUCAUAGUUUUUAAUUCAAAUUAAUAUUUACGAUACUAGUCGAUAGUGGACCACGUAAAGUCGAUAACAAGGUUGAAAAAUGAGAAGAGAAAGAUUAAUAAUUAGUAUCCCUACAUCCAAAACCAGAGGGAAAUAAAGCACAGAACUAUCUGGACAACAAUCUCUUUCGACGUGGUUUGUACUCCUAACAAAAUAUCGAAGUAUCCAUAUCUAAUCAAAGGCAAUUCACACUACAAACUAACAUUUUACAGAUAAUGAAGAUCCUCCUACCUUCUUUGCAGCCUCCUCUACUCUACACAGAUAUGGUUACCAAUCAAGUUAAAUAGCUGAUCUGCCCCCACCCCUGUUUUCUUUUUCACUCUUUAUGACCCUUUACGGGUCGGGAAGGAUCGAGUCAGUGGAUCGGUCCAAAUUUCCCCCCUUAUAAUUUAGUACCUAAAAUUUAUUUUUUACAAAUAAGUCCACAUUUUUAUGAUAAAUUAUGUAUUGGUAUCCAAUUUUUACAAUUUAGUACUAAACUCUUAAAACUUUACAAACAGGUACAAUGUAUUGGUAUGAGGAAUUUGUAGUUGUUAUGGGUCAUAGCGUCUUAAAUUGAACCAACCCUAAGCUGAUCCUGUAGACAAACUGAUCCAGCCUUACAGGUUCAAUGUGUUGGUAUGAGAAAUUUGUUGCUGCUAUGAGUCACCGGGAAAGGGAUUAAUGUCUUCAUUCCUACAAGGCUUUGACGAUCGAUGGCUUGAAUAAAUUGGAAGAUGAUGAGAAAUAGUAAGAACUUGGGGUGAGAAAACUCCAUUUGAGAAAAACUUAGGAGUCGAGAAGGGAGGAACAUACGCAUACUUUUACAUAAGACUAACGAACCGCCGAACCGGUCACAAACUAGUGUACAAUAAAAGAAAGAAAGAACGCUACCUUGUGGCAUGGACUGUCCACCUUCGGUUGACUUGGGCUGAAGCUCGGCAAUGUAAUUUCAGUCCGUAUUGGGCUUUAUUAUGGGCCACCUCCGUGUCCAAUAAUCAAUCAUCAUGUGUAUAAUAUUCGAUCGCAGAAAAUACUCAACUCUCGAGUUUCUACUGCUCCGAUCCUUAACCUAGCCUAGCGCCGGCACCGCCCCUUCUCCUUUUCUCAAUCUCCCAUUCAAAAUGUCGAUUCAAUUUUGUACACAUCGCCGCUCCACGCCCACAUCAUCUUCUAGAACCAGGAUUACGAUAGCGCGCGUUCGUUCUUCGAUUUCCUUAUACGAGUGGGAAAGAGCAACACCCAAAUCCUUUCCGAACUCGAAAAUACCCAAAGCAAGCUUUUCAUACGAAUGCUUAACAUAAAUAAGCUUUGGGUACUCUGUAUUUUAGCAACAUCUCGCAGCAGCAGCAGAACAUUAUGGAUCGUCGUCGGAAGAAUAAUCGGCGGGAGCCACCGAUUCUACGGUCGGAGCCAUGGCUGGUUUACUCCCAUGGGAAGCACAACAAGUCGCAAACUUUCUACAGCUCGUCGGAACGAAGUUGCCAGGUGAGAAACAUCCGCAAGAUGCGAAAUCGAACCAUCUGGGCACAUUGCCAAGGCUGGUUAGUGCUUCUCGAUAUCGAGCAUAGCGAUUGUUCAUUGUUCAACCCUGUCACCAUGGAGGAGCUUCGCUUACCCAGGUUCCCAUUUACUGCGAAGAGUAUCGACCACUGCGCACUUUCCUCUCCUCCUACUACUGAUAAUUGUGUGGUUAUGUGUAUCGAAUAUUGUGGGCGAAGAAAGCAGAGUUCUUUUCACUUCUGUAGGCCAGGGGAUAAAGAUUGGACCACACAGCUAGUGAAGCCGCAACAAGGUCAGUGUUGGUACGAAGAGGAUACCCAUUCCUUCCAUUUCCAAAACAUCGUCAGCUUCAAUGGCGAGUUUUAUGUUGUUUCCGAGUGCUGUCAAGGCCUCUUCAAGGUUCAGUUGGCAAUUGACGAGCUUGGUACUACUAACAAUGAUGCCUCAGUGGAGUUACUUGAUAUGAAGUUGAGGGAGCCAGGGGAUCACUUCGUUAGUAGCACUAUGAUGAGCUCUUCCUUCAUGGUUCAGGGCUCACCUACUGAACUAAUGACUGUCAAGCUAUACUACGGUGACAAUAGAGACACUGACUCCAGCUUUAAGGUUCGUAGCGUCGAGGGCUUUAAGAUUGGUGUAAAGCAACUGAACUUGUAUAAGGCCAAUUUCCAGGAACGAAAAUGGGAACGCUUGGAGACAUUGCCCGAAGACACUGCUAUCUUCUUAGGCUCCAAUAGCAAUAAUGCCGUCUCUUAUCAAAUCCCAAGAAGACAGGAAUUCGAUGUGGGAGGAGGACUUGUUCGUGGGAACACGGUGUACUUUACGACUACGAGUGCCGGGUAUCUUUACGCGUAUGACGUUGGAGACAGAAGUAUAAGCGUCUCUUUAGUAUGUUCUAAAGCUAACAGACCUGAUUAUUCUGAACCGCAUUGGAUUAUGCCCCUUGGUUGCUCGUCUUCAACGGAUGAUCCUCAACGAGAAUUCGAAAUCUCGCCCGAUGAGAUUGGCAACGAGCCGCAGAUUAUUCUCUCGUCGACGACGGGCAACAACAACAGUAGCAGCACUACUGAUCAUGAUGGACGACAUUGGUCGUACGACAUUCCAAGGUCGUCUCUACAUCGUCAAACGAUCGAGGAAUCAUUCUUUCCCGAUUCUCUUACACAGAGGAGUGAAUGGGGAGGUAGUCAGCUUAUUCAACCCAAUUACCAGUGUAACAAGUAUCUUGUCUUUCGACGCUUGGAGUCUGAGAGACGCAGUCAUUCGCUGCUCCAAACACGGAUGGUUGCUUAUGUCACAAGGACUUGGGGUUGAUCAACUGUUCUUUUUCAAUCCUUUUACCAAAGACAGGAUCAACCUUCCUAUGCUGCCAUAUGACUUUGAAGGGAUCACAUUCUCGUCUCCGCCGACAUCCUUUAACUGCCUGGUUAUUUGCUACUCUGCUUGGUGGCAGCAAAUGGUGAUAUCCUUUAUUUAUCGAGGACAUCACUGGACUGAUUAUCAGGUAACGAGCUACACCAGUGAUUUCAUGAGCCCUUUCAGUAAUCCAAUUUACCACAAAGGAUUGCUAUGUUUUAUGGGAAAGAACGCAGAUCUUUGCAUUCAUGACUUUGAACAAAGAACCACCAAGACGAUAGAGCUUCCUCAUAGAUCUUGUACGUCAGUACAAAGAAGCUAUCUGUUGGAGUGCAAUGGGAAGCUUUUGUCGGUGUUGAUAGGCCACAUGGGAAAGGUUCUGGAGGUAUAUGCACUCGAUCAAGAAGCCAUUACUUGGAAAGAACUGGAUGACCUCGAAGACAAUAUGCUGUUUGUGAGCGCUGCUUCUGCAUUAUCAGCAACAAAUAGUGGAGAGAAGAUUUCCUGCUUGGGGAACAAGGUGUUUCUGGACAGGUUUAAGGAGAAGGACGGCGUGUUUUAUUCUCUGGCAACAAGAAAGUUUCAUACUUUUUGGAGCGGAUACAACAGUGAUGAUUGUUGCAACACCAAAGAAUUUAUCAAUUGUGCAUGGAUUGAACCAAGCUUCAAAACUCACACGAAAGAUGAGCUUCAAUGGUGGUAACGGUUUCGAUCUGUAGUUCUUGUGGAGGAAAGCGAUUGAAAUUCAUCCAUAACCUGUAAUCUAGAGCGAUCGUUUCUAAUUUAAAUGUGAUAUUUCUAGUACUCUUUUGCUUUUUGGCUUUCGCCAUGAUUUGGAACAAUCAAUAGAGCUAUUUUAA